AUGUCGGCCACGACCAACAACGGCACGAACAACCUGGGCUUCGUCGAGACUCCCAAGGUGGAGGGAAAGUGGACGGUCGAGAAAGCUCUGGACGCCUCCCCGGGCACUGCGACGUCGGCGGACCCCAACUCACCGCUCCCUUACUUCCACCUGAUUGAGCGUCUCAAGACAACGAAGCGUGAGGGCUGGCGCCGCUUCGGCAUCGAAAGAGGAGAGUCCAUUGCCGACCACAUGUACCGCAUGUCCCUCCUGUCGAUGCUCGCCCCGCCCGCCCUCGUGCCUCGGCUCGACCUCGCCCGAUGCAUCAAGAUGUGCCUGGUUCACGACAUGGCCGAGUCCCUCGUCGGCGACAUCACUCCCGUCGACGGCGUGCCCAAGCCCGAGAAGAACCGCCGUGAGGCGGACACGAUGGACUACAUCACCAAGACGCUGCUCGGCAGCGUGUACGGCGGCCUGGCUGGCGCCGAGAUUCGCGAGCUCUGGCAGGAGUACGAGGACUCGGAGACGAUCAACAGCCACUUCGUGCACGACUUGGACAAGAUGGAGCUGCUCCUCCAGAUGAUGGAGUACGAGAAGCGCGGCCAGGGCAAGCUCGACCUCGGAGAGUUCGCCUACGUCGCCACCAAGUUCUCGCUGCCCGAGACCAAGGAGUGGGCUGACGCGCUGCUCAAGGAGCGGGAGCAGUUCUGGGGCGCGCAGGAGCACGUCCACGGCGAGGCGGGGGUUCAGGGCGGUGUCAAGGAGGGCCACAAGGAGCAGCAGGACAGCUACUACGAGCGCAAAUGA